AUGAGCGUCGUCCCCGAGGACGGCAUCACCGAGCACGAGAAGAAGCCGCUGCCCGGCUCGCUCGGCUCGCACUCGCCCUCGUCCGGCAACUCGACCAUGGCGAGCUCGACCAACGCGCACCUCGAGCACCUCCUCAAGGAGUCGCUCUACCCCGAGGACUCGUACACGGCCGACGGCGUGUACUGGGCCGACUUGCCGCGCAAGGAGCGCCUCGCGUUCAUCAACCGCCAGCAGAACGCCGAGGCCAAGCGCGAGUUCCGCUGGGUGCUCGACAUGUUCAAGCAGGACCCGAUGGAGCCGUUCCGUCGGUACUUCCGCAAGUAUGUCAUGACGGGCAUGGGCCUGUUCGUCGAGGGUUACGUCCUGUUCUCGAUCGGAAACCUCACGGCGCUGUUCAAGAGCGCAUGGCCGACGUGCUGGGGCACCUACACCGACUGCAACGAGAACUGGGUCGACGCCGUCACGUACCUCGAGAUCCUCGGCAUCAUCGUCGGCCAGUGCAUCGUCGGGUACGAGGGCGACUGGAUCGGGCGCAAGUUUGGACUGUGCCAGGACGCCCUCAUCAUGCUCAUCGGCUCGAUCCUCCUCACCGGCGUGUGGGGCACGAGCCUCAACGCCUGGGUCAUCGCGUACGGCUGGUCGCUCUUCAUCUACGGCAUCGGCGUCGGCGGCGAGUACCCGAUGACGGGCACCAAGGCGCUCGAACAGAACAUCAUCGGCCCGUCUGGCGCUCGCGAGGACCGCCUCCACCGCGGCCGCAACGUCGUCGGCGCGUUCCUCAUGCAGGGGUGGGGCCAGGUCUUCAACCAGUGCUCGCUCCUCAUCCUCCUCAUGAUCUUCCACUCGGGCGACACCCAGCCGCCUUUCUCGGCCCGCACCGCCCAGGCGACCUACCGCGUCCAGUUCGGCCUCGCCGCCCUCGUCCACGUGUGGCUCUUCUACCACCGCCUGUACAAGGUCCACGACGCCGACGUCCAGCUGCGCGCCGCCAAGCGCAAGCAGAACACGAGCGGGUACGACAUGCAGUCGCUCCGUCUCCUCAACGCGCACUACUGGGGCCGCCUUGUCGCGACCGCCGGUGGCUGGUUCGCCAACGACGUCUUCUUCUACGGUACCAAGGUCUUCUCGUCAACGUUCAUCGGCAUCAUCCACCCGGGAGCGUCGCUCGUCGUCACCUGGGAGUACAACCUGAUCAACCUCGCCGUGUCGCUGUGCGGCUACUACAUGGGCAUGCUCUUCAUCGACGACAAGCGCUACGGCCGCCGCAACAUGCAGCAGGUCGGCUUCGCGUUCGACUUCUUCAUCUACCUCUUCGCGGCCAUCUUCUUCAACCAGCUGCGCGUGCCGGGCGCGCCGAUCGCCGCCUUCCAGUUCAUGUACCACUUCUCGUCGUUCUGGAACCAGCUGACCUUCGGCUCGCCUCCCCUUUCCUCCCCCUCCUCGACCUCGCCCCGGCGCUUCCGCGUAUACCGUGCGGGCCCAACUUUCCUCGUCGCCGGCGAGUGCUUCCCCGCCUCGGUCCGCUCGACUGCCCACGGGUUCUCGGCGGCCUGCGGCAAGCUCGGCGCCCUCCUCCCGACCGUCGUCUUCCACUACCUCUCGGACCGCAACAAGUUCUGGUUCGCCAUGCCGUUCGGCGCCCUCGGCUUCCUCGUCACAGCCAUCUUCCUGCCCGACACGACUGGCAUGGAGCUGCGCGAGAUUGAGCGCUACUGGCGUUGCGUCCGUGCGGGUCACCCCGAGCUUUACCACGGCAUCGCCAUCCACCCGCACCACCUGUCGUGGUACGAGCGCGUCGUCCUCAAGCGCGACCGGUACUACGACCCCAAGCAGGACAAGCUCGACCGCAUCGAGGAGCUCCGCGUCCUGUACGAGUCGCACCUCAUCGCGCGCGAGGACGAGACCGGCGAGUCGUACGACGUCGACCACUCGUUCAUCUCGGCCGACGUCGAGCGCUACUUCCAGCACGAGGCGCCUCCCGCCGAGCGCGUCAAGCGCCAGAUCACCAAGGAGCGCGCCAUCCGCGGCGAGGUCCCGGACGACGAGAAGAAGGUGCACCGCUCGAGGCUCGAGGAGUCGCUCGGCGGCCGUGCGUGACGAGGGUUCUUUUCCCCAGUAGACUCGUAGACCCUCUCCCUCUUCCUCUCCUCUCUCGCAUUAGCUGUCACGACUAGUAAUCCACCUGGGUCUCGCAUCGC